GACGAGAAUGAGCGAAUCUCCGCCCCCUGCCGCGCACUAUUGGUCCAGCAGCCUCCGCCAAUCGCAGUAUCCUCCUGCGUCUGCGAAGGGUGGAAGUGCACGCACGAUACACACGCCCGCACGUGCGUGCGUAUGACAUAUUGUUAGCCGCUUGCACUCGCUUGGCUCGGGCUAAGAGGACAGGGGCAGGUUCUGCGGGGCUUCGUUUUCCUAUGUCGUCUCGAGAGAUUAGCUCUUCGUCCAUUUUCUGCAUGGAGACACGCGCACGUGUGCACGUAACUAACGUCCAAAUCUUAACUCGGUAACUUGCAAUCGCAGACUUCGUGUAAAUUAAAUGAAGAUUUAUUUAUUUUCUUGAGAAACUCAUGCAAAUUACGUGGCUCCAUAAUUAAAUUUGUGGCCUGUCGCGUCUUGGGCUGCAGUUGAAGAAAUCUCGAUUGGGAAAUUUUAUGUUAAAAACGCGCGUGGAAAAUUUUACAAUCGCAGCUUCCAAUAGCACGCAGGUGAAAUAUUUCCAUCAAUUAUCCGAUUUAGACUUACAGACCUUAAUUGACGUCUAUUAAUAUCUAUUUAUAUUCAGUUAUGUAAAAUAAUACGGAUUUUUAGAACAAUUUUGCAACUUCCGCCACUUUAAAAAGUGUGAAAACUAUAUUGCGAAAGUGUCAUCACUUUAAAACAUAAGAUUUUCAAAUUGUUAAUCUAAAAAUCGAUAUUCUGGAUAUUAUCACUGGAAGUAACGUUAAGUAAACACUGACGAUAAAGCCCGCGUGCUUCUCGCGCGUCGAAAAAAGAUCAAUAUCGCGAACGCUUCCGUUGCCAGAGAAACUUGGUUACUCGCGCUAUAUGUAUAGUGCAAACAGCCGCGCUAUCAAGUAUGCAGGAUGUCGAACCGGGGAAGGAUACGAAGCGAGGACGAGCCUUCCUGGCAACGAAGGGCGUACGAACGUCACCGUUCUAGGGUCAAGACGGCUAAACCGACGGUGGACGUAAACCCUCCGGAGGUCAGACCUCACGUAUCGUUCAAUGCGAAGAGACUGCAGCUGGAGCGUGAGCGGCAGGCGCGAAUUCUCAGGGACAACUUCAUCCUACUGAAGAAACUCCGCGAGAUCAUGCAUCGUAAGCGACGAGUCGCGGAGGACACUCAACGGGUCCAAUGGCAGGAAUCGAGAUGCGUUAGAGUUCGUUAAAAACCCACGGGUCUCGAUACUCCUUUGCCGUCACGUCGUUCGCGAUUCGCACGUACACGCGUAUCGUAUUCAUAUUUUAUUAAACGCAACUGAAUGACUAAUGCAAUUUCGAUCGUUCAUCUCUGGCGAAUUUUAUCUAUCCUGAGACAGCCUUUUAUCUACCGCAUGGAUUUCUACAAUAAAUGCUUUUACUAAUAUUUCCAAAAAUGUUGCAUUCACACCUUUUUCUACUGCUUUAAAAUCGCGAAAUAAUCAAUAAUUUCUUAAAUCAUUUUUAUUAAAUGCAGUGCCCCUUACGAAAAUUCU